AUGGCUGUGCCUGCAGAUGUCCAAGAGGAAAUCAAAGAGCUCCUCGACCCAGCCAACACUACUGGUGUCCAUGUGAAGCUGGAGAAGAUCCUGGUUUUCUUGGAGAAGGUGCUGCAAAGUGGCUUGAAGAAAGACCUGUUGCCACCCAAUUCUUUGGGGAUUGAGAUUGCAGUUGGACCUGAAGAGAGGUCAAAGCAAUUGAGAGCCAAUCAGCAGAUGAUUGGCCAACGCAAAGGGAUGCUUGCACCUCUCCAAGGUGGGGAGAGGUUCUUGAGUUUAGCUAGCUCCCACUUCAACCAGUUUUGCAGGGCCCUUGACCAUGGGCGCACCAAGGCAGAUGGAACACAGCUCCACAUGACACCAGAGAUCAAGGCAUUGGUGGAAUCUGGCUGGCAGUGGACAAUGUUGAAAGCAGAGGCAGCUGUGAUGUUUCCAGACUUGCCUGCUUUUUGCUCCAUGAGCAUGAAUGCACACAACAGCAACACCAUCUUGACCAAUGAGCUGGAGGCAAUGAUGGAACUUGCUGCCCUACACAGAAGCAAAGCUUCUGGCCAUUCCCUUUUGGUUGGUGAGGAAAACAUCAACUUGCUUGCCCACUACAAUUUCAGGUUGCCUGGAUGCCAGCUCAACUUCCUUCGCAUUGCCUUAUUGGCAACAAUUCUCAGCUCAAAGCGCCACCAGGAUGGAAUAUCAAAACUUGUCUUCAAAUCAGACUUUGACAAGUUGAAGGGCAAGAGCACAACCUUGGCCAUGGAAGACCUUCUUUCCCAGGGCUGGGCUUCAUGCCAGAAGGUGGCAAACAAAGCCCUGAAUGAAAUGAGUUUUGGUAAGUUUUGUGUGCGGCUUGUCCUGCAUGCAUUGCAGAAAGAGAAGUUUAGCAGAGAUGGACUGUCCUUUGAUUCAUUCCAAGCUAUUGUAGAAGAGCUUUCUGUUGACCUUGAAGGGGGUGAACAUGUGCCAAGCUCAAGUGUUGCAGCUGUCAAAGCGACUGAUGCUCACAAAGUAAAGGAUUUGCUCAAAGCAAGCCCAGAUGAAGUAGCUAUGUUGCAGAACAGCCACAUCAUUGUUGGAAAGAACUACACGCACAAGGAGUACAAGGAGCAGGUAUUGGAUGGCAUCAAGGAUGGUUGUGGUGUCUUCAAGCAUGUUCCAUUGUUUGGUGAGACUCUUGAAGCUGUGGCCAGCAUGGAAGAGCUGAAGGAUUGGAAGAGCACUAAGAAAGAAAUGUGCCGGCUUUGCCCCAGAGAUGUUAUCAAGGAUCGACUUCCUGAGGCUUGCCCACUGGUUUUGGAUGAGUGGGACAAAAUGUGUGCCAGCUAUUUGUUGGCAGAGGCUUACAAAGAGAACAACAAGGCAAAUGUGGACAUGGUGGCACUCACAAAGUUUCCCAAUGGUUUGCUUGCUUUGAGGAAGCUCAAGGUGAAAGAGCUGCAGCUUUACCCUGUGGGAACUUUGGCAAAGGUCAAGGAACAACACAAGACAGAUGACCUCUUAGCAAAGGGUGCAACCCUUGUCAAAUUCAAGGGGGUAGCCUACCAGGCGCAAGGCUUCAAGGCCUACAACCCCAUCAAGAGUGAAGAGGCAGGAGUUGUGUGUGCAUACUUCUAUGUCAAGGCCACUGAAGAUGAGCAGGAAGCCAACCUUCAGGUCAUUUGGAAGACCUACAAAGAUCUACUCAUUCCAGUCUUGGAGAACCCCAAGCCGGUUGCAGAGCAGACACCCCUGCUCAAGGGGAAAGAUGUUUCUGCCACACCACCUGCCAAGAAG